CAGUAAAUCAUCCAUCCUCCUUCACAAUGUUGUUCUCGUUGAGAAACGCUGUGCUCUCUCUUCUACUAUGUCUUCAAUCACUCAAUCUGGUGGUUGCCUCCUAUCCGGCAGCACCUGAACUGUCCUAUCUCUACACGGCCUACGUCAAAUGCGAGGGUACUCUUAUGGAAUCACACGGUCCUCAUGGCAUUCGCAAGGCCAUUCCAAUUGUAGGAGGAAACUUUACCGGUCCUCGUCUCUCUGGCAAAAUCCUCGACGUCGGCGCAGACUGGGGCGUAACCGACCCUGCCACCAACGUCUUCUCGGCAGACACUCGGUACAAUCUGCGGACACACGAUGGUGCAGAUAUCUUCAUCCAAACGGGAGGGCCAAAGUCACCGUCUGGUCAAUUGCAUUUGCGGUUGAUAUUCGAGACUGGCAGUGAGAAGUACUACUGGUUGAAUAAUAUUGUAGCUAUUGGUGUUUUGACCAACGUGGAGAACACUGCCAAUACGUCACUGCUGAAGAUUGAUGCAUGGAAUUUUGCAUCCGACUGGAAUUCUACAAAGUUUGUUAGUUGAUCAGGCAAAGUCCAGACACAAGGCUUACCUUGAAUAUAUAGCUCUUCUAUUAUUAGCUCAAACAAUGACAUCUGAGCAGUGUCUCCAAAUAUAGAAUAGUGAGUGCAUGAUGGCGUAUUUUUCGCAUCCCUGACUACGCCUUGAAACCUUCGAUUGCUGCCGUAGCCCCUCUCCUCUCACGCCCUCUGCCACUCCGUCACCUUCCAUUUUGGGAAUCGACAAGGGACACACCUUUU